GAUUGUGACAAUCGUUUCAACUUACCUUCGAAUUUUUAUGCCUCACUAUUCUCUUUUGUGUCUCAGGCCAUAUUUCUAGCAACAUUGCAGCCGCGAACUCACUUACUGUCCGCGACUUUUUGAUAUCAACUCCACCAAACAACCUCUCCUUAUAUCACAGUAUGCCAGUAUCGGAUCGCAACCCAUCGCAACCGACAAAUCAUCUCCCCUAAAGCACAACUAUGGUUUACUAUGCGUACAUCGAUGACAUCAGCGACGGCUCCUCCCCGCGAUACAUUGCUGUUUUCGCCAGCCGUGCAGUCGCCGAUGAGUGGUGGCGUGGCGUGUCCACUUCCACCAAUACGAAGUACUCGGACAGUAUCAGACGUGUUGCCCCCCAGUUCUUUACCCACGACGUCAGCAAAGCCAGCGCUGCCUCCUCCAUCACUGACACCCAAGUUGCAUCUAGUUUUUUUGGCAAAGUGUUUUUCAGGCUACUGCCGAGUGAUAUCGGAUUUAGUAUCAUUCCGAUUCUAGAUCUCGUGGAUCAUGUUAGCGGAAGCUUAUUUUUCAUCCGCUCCAAAGUCUCUCCUAACGAGUACUGGUACUGUCCUGGAUCGUCGACAGGCAACGUCACGCCUAACUCCAAAGUCUAUGUAUCAUGUACUGAGCGGACCCGCUUCCGGGUCCGCCUCAUCAACGAACGCAAGGACACUACAGGGACCAUCAUGAUUGGCUCUGACGACAUCGCUAUUACCUUAACUUUCACCAACCUAUCCAUCAGAGUCUCCCGCAGCGGCCAUUUGAUCGUUUCGAAAAACCCUGAGCUAGGGCUGAAGUUCAGUGACCUUGUGAACGGAUUCGGGGUGGCGACUCCCUUGCUGGACAACGAGGGUCAUCGCGAGAAUGUAAAGGAACUCUUCAAGACGGAUGAUGGGGAAGAGUGGGAACUCGCUUGAACUGGUGUCAUUUGAUGUUGACAAAGCACGCGAAGUUGGCUUUUACUCUUAUGAUAGAAGCUACGUCAACUCGUUCUGCAACUACAAAAGCAUGCCAGAUGAUGACAUCAUCUGGUAGGUAUUUCUGGCAGCCAUAAUCUCGUGAUGCUAAAAGCAAAUAUCUGGCUCAGCCAACGGGACUUUGAGUAACUUGACUUUAUU